AUGUUAGAGCGUCUCGGAUUCCAUCAAUCAUGGGUUGAUAUGGUUAUGUCUUGUAUUACAACUGUCUCGUAUAGCAUCCGUACUGAUUUUUUUCAAACAUCAUGCAGUCUACGACAGGGUGAUCCGCUCUCUCCUUUUCUGUCGUCAUAUGUACUCAAGGCAUCAAUGCAGAAGGUGAUUCAGAUUCGUGGGAUCUUAGAGUGUUGUACUCAAGCAUUUGGCAAGCAGAUAAACUUUCACAAAUCAAGUCUUUAUUUUACUUCUCACACUUCAGCUGCUUUCCGUAUUGAAACAUGUCAGACUUUAGAAGUUGAGAAGGUUAAUGAUCCAGUCUUAUAUUUGGGUCUUCCUUUAAUUAUUGGCCGUAAUACACGCCAAGUUUUCUCCUUCCUCAGUGAUAAACUGCAUUCGAGGGUUCAGGGCUGGUCGGAAAAUCUGAUUUCGUAUGGUGGCAAAGAGGUUUACAUUUAA